GGAACUACUCCUCAGCAAGAAGCCUUAGAGAGUAUGAAAGAGGAACUAGAAAAGGAACAACAAAAAAAAGCUAAAGCAAAUGGUCACAGCGAACUUAGUCUUGAUGAGGAAACCAAACAAUUUGAAUUCAGCAAUCCGGAUUCAAGUAAGAAAGAUAAUAACGCUCUUUUUUUUGGCACUGAAGGAACUGGAAAAACCUCUAUAGUUAGAAAGUUAACUUAUGAAACUGAUUGUUAUCCAUUAGUAGAAGUAAAAGGAUCUACUUUGAGUCCUACUAAAAAUGAUUCUAAUCUUUCAAUUGCUCCUCUUGAUAAAUUUAUUCUUACUCUUUGUGAUAUUGAUCAUACCUUAGUAAAUGAUUUUGGCUUUAAACGAGAAACCAAUGGCGAAGUUCGUUAUAUUCUUUUUGUUGAUGAGGCAGACUUAGUGAGUAGAACAGCAAUGAUCUUUGAUGCUACUUACUUGGUGUUUCUUAAAGAAUAUAUGAUUGCCCGUGCAGUAUAUCGCCCUGGUCGAUUAAGCAAUCCCUUAGAUUUUAAAAGCCCAGUUCUUAAUAAGGAGGACAAUAAGAAGAGAAGGAAUUUGAUGAUAAAGGAUACUGGACAACUACAGCACUUUGAUGGAAAAUUUAUUUCUCCAAAACCUCCAAAGAUUGAAGAUGUAGUAGAAAAAUCUGCCUCUAAAAUUGAUGAGACAUUAGCUGUUCGCUUAGAAGAAGUUAACAAGAGAGUAUCUGAAGUCAGAGAUGAAAUAACUGCGAG